CGGGUAUAUCUAUUCCACCAGCGAAACACGUUGACGUAGUUGGGGCAUUGUUCGAAGAUCAGUAGGAAGUGUACCACCGGUUUCUAGUGUUCAAAUUGCGGAAUGAAGGAUUUAGAAAAACACGUAGACAUAAUUCAGAUAUCAUAGCUAAUAGGAACUUUGGAACGACCGGCCAUUUAUUAGCUAAAGACACGAACGAGUUUCUGUUGCAACAAAGCUGUAACAAAGUUGGACAGCCAAUGUUAGCAACUACGUUAGCUUUGUAGCGCGGUUAGUUAGCACUAGUUUAUCCAUCAAAUACUAGAAAUGAGACCGAUAACGUUAACUAACUGUGUCUCAUUGACAAUUCAGCCAAAUCUUCGUCUCAAUAGAAAAGGUCAACCGUGUUUGCUUUCGAAAUAGCUACGGUUGUUAAUAAAACAACUAUUGAACAGGCUUGUAAAAGCUCACCAGGUAUUGCGAGAAUAACAUCCAAGAGAAUAGUACAGUAACGUUAGCAGUAUACUCACUCAUGAGCGAAGCACGGAAUUGUCAGCCGUUAGCAAUUUAUUGGCUAAACUGUUAGCUUUCUCGUUCAUAUUGUCAGUUGACCAUACACGGGUGUAUUCGGCAAAUACAUGGCACAGUAAGCCUCGGUUGUACUUAAGUUAGCUAUCUUGAUUCGGUUAGUUUCAGUUCAUCUGAAAUUGUCCUAGCAAGUAAGAGUACCGAAGCUAAGCGAAGUAGAUUACAAUAAAACGGGAUAAAUUGGCUAACGACGUUACAAUAUUGUAUAACCCACUUUGAAAAGCGAAAGUACUGUAGCCUGCUAAUAUCAUCAAGCUUAAGAAGCUAACGUUAGCUUGGUUAAUACGUAACAUCGACUCAUGUGUUUCAGAGUGACAAACAGUUUUUCCUAAAUAACUUUUUUUAUAAAUUGCAAGUAAGAUAUGACAGUCCCUUUAUGUUGAAAACUAGCUGGCUAGUUUACUGAGCUAGUUCACCGAAUGCUGCUAGCUAACGAUUGUUGCAUAGCUUGCUAAUUUGGCACGUUCCCUACUGCAUUGUAAAGAUGUCGAACGCCAUAAACGAAGGUCUUUUCUUGAUAAAAGAUGUGAAGCCUGGAUCGAAAAAUUUGAAUAUUGUUUUCAUUGUUUUAGAAAUAGGACGUGUAACCAAGACGAAGGAUGGGCAUGAGGUGCGCUCCUGCAAGGUGGCAGAUAAAAGUGGGAGCAUUGCCAUCUCUGUGUGGGACGAGCUGGGCAGCCUUAUUCAGCCUGGGGAUAUUAUCCGUCUGACCAGAGGCUACGCCUCCAUCUGGAAGGGCUGUCUUACUCUGUAUACUGGAAGAGGUGGAGACCUGCAGAAGAUCGGAGAGUUUUGCAUGGUGUAUUCUGAAGUGCCCAACUUCAGUGAGCCAAACCCAGACCUUCUAGCCCAGAAGAACCAACAGAACAAGACGGGGAAAGCUGAUCAGAGGGGGAAUUCUCCACCUAAUCAGAAUUCAGGUACACCUGCGCAGUCAGGUAAUGGUGCCCCGGUACCAUUUUCCAGUACCAACAACUCUCCAGCUGCCCCUCGUGACCCCGCUUUUGGGGGCGUGGGAAGGACCAAUGGCCGUUCCCUUGGCAACAGUGCCCCUCCAGUGUCUAUCGGGGGAGCCCCCAGUGCCCCUAAGCCUUCGGUCACCAUUAGCAAUGGCAGGGACCCCAGACGGGCCAAGAGAUAAAACUGGCAUUAGGGGAACCUUUCCCUUUACUUACGCUGAACCCGCCUCUUCCCCCUCUCAUACAUUCAUCGUUUAACGAGACAGACUUUUUGAAAAAUACAUGUUUCUGUGUGCCACUUAUGUACAGUAGCUUAACCCAGACAACAUUGUUGUUCUCUAGUUGAGCUGAUGUAUUUUGGUUGUGCCAUCGGUUGCAUAAAGCACCUCACCGAAUUAUUCUGAACAGAAAAUGAACACAGUAGCAGACGUGAAAACUGUGCAUAUGAAGUAUGUUCAACCUUCCACCAUUGCCAUGCCAAUUCUGUGCCAGUGUUGACACUUCUCGUGGUGCCUCCCUCCCCCAUUUUGUUGGCUGAAACUAUACACCCUACUUGAACACUAGAUGCACUUUCUUCUAUUUAAGUUAUAGUGAAAAUCAUUGCUGUCAUUUAAUUCAGGAACUGACUACUGCGGAUGGGGUGAUCCUUAAGCAGAAAAAUGGCUUUUUGGACAGAGUGAAUUCUCUUGAAGAACCCUCUCAAAAGGCUGAUUCAAGCCAUUCUCAACCAAAAUGUAAUCAAAGUGACUGUGUGAAAGGGAAGGUGAUAGAUUUUUUUUAACUGUUAGACUUACAGUAGAAGAUAACGGAUAAAUCAUUAUCAGAAUGAGUUUUCCAGUUGUGAGCAAUACAUUUGUUAGGUGGGACCACUAAGAACUACUGGCAAGGGAGUCACCAAAUUAAAUUUAACAACUUUUUUGUUUUCCAGUUUGUGUAUAAAAUCUGAUACAGCACAGCUAGUGAGGUGGUGAAUGAGUGUGUUUUCACCAUGUACCUUAUGCUGUCAAAUGUAAGUUAUAAAUGGUGGUUCUAAAGAACAGUGGACAGAACCUGGUAUUUUGGAUGUUAUGAGGUUAAAGCUGGCCAUAAGGCUAAUACCCAGUGGUUUUCUAUGUUUAUUAGUCACAUGCAAAGGAUACAUAAGGCAAACAAUACAAUUCUUACUUGCUGGUUCCUGCUCGAUAAUGCUAGAGAAAUAAAUCACUUUACUUAAAGUA